UGUCUGACGGUUGCUAUGGGAAACCCGUGGGUUUCCCCUGGUGAUGGGCUGAGCCCCUCUCUAUCUCCUGGGAAAUGGUUGCUGUGGCAACGCAUCCCCCCUGCUGGAUGGAGGCACGAGGAGGGGAUCCAUGGGGAGGGGACACCCGCUGACACCCCCACGCUGCCUGCAGACCCCGGCUGGGCGUCCAUCAACCGCGGGGUGCUCAUAUGUGACGAGUGCUGCAGCGUGCACCGCAGCCUGGGCCGCCACAUCUCCAUCGUCAAGCACCUGCGCCACAGCCCCUGGCCCGCCACGCUGCUCCAGAUGGUGCACACCUUGGCGAGCAACGGGGCCAACUCCAUCUGGGAGCACUCGCUGCUGGAUCCAGCGCAGGUGCAGAGCGGGCGCCGGAAGGCAAACCCCCAGGACAAAGUGCACCCCACCAAGUCUGAGUUCAUCCGUGCCAAGUACCAGAUGCUGGCCUUCGUCCACAAGCUGCCCUGCCGGGAUGAUGACGGCGUCACUGCCAAGGACCUCAGCAAGCAAUUGCACUCAAGCGUGCGGACGGGCAACCUGGAGACCUGCCUGCGCCUGCUCUCGCUGGGUGCCCAGGCCAACUUCUUCCACCCGGAGAAGGGCACCACACCACUGCACGUGGCGGCCAAGGCCGGGCAGAUCCUGCAGGCAGAGCUGCUCGUGGUCUACGGUGCCGACCCUGGGGCGCCUGAUGUGAAUGGCCGGACCCCCAUUGACUAUGCCAGGCAGGCAGCCCAGCACGAGCUGGCGGAGCGGCUGGUGGAGUGCCAGUAUGAGCUGACCGACCGGCUGGCCUUCUACCUCUGCGGCAGGAAGCCGGACCACAAGAAUGGGCACUACAUCAUCCCGCAGAUGGCUGACAGGGUGCGCCCAAAGUGCAUGGCACAGAGCCUGGCCAGGCUCCACUCCCAGCCCCAGCGGGCUGGCCCUGCACCCGCGCCUGCAUCCUGCCGGCUCCGGGCCCUGCAGCCUGCUUGUCCAGGGGGUCUGGGCCCUGUGUCCCCCGGCUCUGACACCAGGUGCCUUCCCGCAGUCUGGCUGACGACGCAGAACCACAGCACGCUGGUGACCGAGCGCAGCGCCGUCCCCUUCCUCCCUGUCAACCCCGAGUACUCAGCCACGCGCAACCAGGGCCGGCAGAAACUGGCCAGGUUCAACGCCAGGGAGUUUGCCACCUUGCUGAUCGACAUCCUUGGGGAAGCCAAGCGCCGGCAGCAAGGGAAGAGUCUGCUCAGCCCCACGGACGCCCUCGACUACUCGCUGCGGGGCCAGAGUGACCUGGACGACCAGCACGACUACGACAGCGUCGCCUCUGACGAGGACACAGACCAGGAGCUGCUGCGCAACGCCUCCCGCAACAACCGCGCCAGGAGCAUGGACUCCUCCGACCUGUCAGAUGGCCCCAUCACGCUGCAGGAGUACCUGGAGGUGAAGAAGGCUCUGGCUACCUCUGAGGCCAAGGUGCAGCAGCUGAUGAAGGUGAACAACAGCCUGAGCGAUGAGCUGCGCCGGCUGCAGCGCGAGAUCCACAAGCUGCAGGCAGAGAACACGCAGAUCCGGCAGCAGACUGGUCCUGCACACCCUACCCCGGCCCCCAGCGAGCGGCUGGAGCACGGGCACCCCCCGGGCACGGUCCCCCCACACCGCCGGGACCGCCAGGCCUUCUCCAUGUACGAGCCGGGCUCGGCGCUGAAACCCUUCGGGCAGCCAGUGGAGGAGCUGGUGACACGGCUCCAGCCCUUCAGCCCCAGCGAGGUGGAGGACGAGGCUCUGUACUCCAUGCACAUCCCGGCCAGCGUGUACCGGAUCCGGAAAGGUCCAUCUGCCUCCUCGGUGCCCUUCCCUCCAUCCUCCCCACUGCUCUCCUGCCCGCCUGAUGGUGCCCGACACAUGAGCAAGCUGGACCGGCACGGCAGCGGCACUGACAGCGACUAUGACAACACACAGGGUGGUGAGGUUCUGGUCAGCAUGGAUGGCAAGCGGUUUGUGGACCUGAGCAAGGAUGAGGAUUUCCCCCACGAGCUGGACCCGCUGGACGGGGAGCUGGAUCCUGGCCUGCCCAGCACAGAGGAUGUCAUCCUCAAAACUGAGCAGGUCACCAAGAACAUCCAGGAGCUGCUGCGGGCAGCACAAGAGUCCAAGCAUGACAGCUUCGUGCCCUGCUCAGAGAAGAUCCACUCGGCUGUGACAGAGAUGGCAUCACUCUUCCCUAAGAAACCAGCACUGGAGACGGUGCGGAGCUCCCUGCGGCUGCUCAACACCAGCGCCUACCGGCUGCAGAGCGAGUGCCGCAAGACCGUGCCCCCCGAGCCCGGCGCCACCGUGGACUACCAGCUCCUGACCCAGCAGGUCAUCCAGUGUGCCUACGACAUCGCCAAGGCCGCCAAGCAGCUGGUCACCAUCACCACUCGUGAGAAGAAGCAGUGAGCGCCAGCCCGCGCCCCCCUGUGUCCCCAGGGCCCUGCACUCUCCGUGUCCCCCUUCCCUCCGGCAGCAGCCGGCACCUGGGGCAAGGGUGGCUGCAAGUGGCCUUUUUUGGGGAGCCGGGGUGCGGGGUUCCUCGUGGCCCCCGCGCCCCCAUCAAGGAGCUGGUGCUCAGCCUGCGGGGUAGGUGCCUGCGCCCCCCUGUACAGCCCCCCCGCGCCCCCGUGGCACGCGCCUAACUUAUCCUGUACAUAGGCUCUGUAGCUGUCCGUGGCGGCGGUGGCCUUGUACCCCCACCCCCCACAAAACCCUUCUCUGGGUGGCCCCGAGGCCACCCACGACAUUACACUGGACUGGGGCGCCGUCCCUCCCCCGGGCGUCCUGAACCCCUCCCCGGGUGUCGUGCCCCGUGCCGGGGCCACGCUCCCCACUGUAAGAUGUGUCCUUGUACAUUUGUAUCAAUAAAGGUGUGAGCAUUGCA